AUGUCAGCUAGUGAGGAUAAACAGAUUGGGCUGAGUGCCACAAACAUGGAAAGUUACGAGCAAAGCACACCAUCACCACAACUCAUUGAAACGCCACCUAUUUCUGAUGAAAGAAACCAAGAAAUUGAAAUGUUGUGUCAACAAUUUUCAAAUCUAAGUUUUUCAUCUGCUGCCAUAACGGACCCUUUUUUUCACACAUACCAAAAAAUGUGUUGUUUCCAUAUACCGGACAGCAAGCAUUUACGUGCGCGACAUGGUGAUUCACCAGUUAACGACCAAUCAUCUACACCAAACACUGAUAUGUGUAUUCAAAGUUCAGAAAAUUAUUUUAAAGUAGCUAAUUUGGAUUACCCUUAUCAGCCAAAAGAGACACCUACUGAUUAUAACAAACUUAGUCAUGAAGAUGUACUACAAUCAACUCAAAUAUUUCUAAAUGCACCAUCAACACCCGUAGAGGUUGAAGAGCAUAAUGAUUCCGAUAUGGAUACAUCACUACCGAUUAAUUCAGACAGUUUUUACUCUUCAUUAUCAAUGCAAAUUGCAUCGAAUUCUAAAUUAAUUGAAGAAUUAUCUAGAAUGGAACACAAUAACAUAACAAGGACCAUGGAGGUAGGAAACCAAUCUCCAUUAACUAUGUAUGAAGAAUAUGACCUCCUUGCAAAUAUACCUUUGCCCGAAAAAUCUUUUUAUACAUCUUCCAACUUAUCAGAAGAAGCAUCUGCGGAACCUACGAGUACGUGUGCUUUGUUUACAAAUGCAAAUAGUAUUAGCACUUCUCCUAUCUUACCAGAAAAAGAAUCUCAAAAGCCUAUGUUAGUUUUACCUGAAAAAAGCACUAUAAAUAAGACAAAAAACACUAAAACUAAGAAAUACAAAAAACAGAGGUCACAGGAUAGCCGGAGUAACAAAAAAGAUCAUGUAAAUUUGGUUUUAGUGGGACAUGUAGACGCAGGUAAGUCUACUAUUGGUGGGCAAAUUAUGUCCUUAAUGGGAAUGGUAGAUAAACGCACUUUACAAAAAUAUGAAAAAGAGGCACGAGAAAAGUCUAGAGAGUCUUGGUAUUUAUCAUGGGCUCUCGAUACCAAUCAAGAAGAGCGUGAUCGAGGUAAAACUGUUGAAGUCGGAAGAGCACACUUUUCAACCAAAACGAAACAUUUCACAAUCCUUGAUGCUCCAGGCCACAAAAGCUUCAUACCUAAUAUGAUUGGUGGGGCGGCACAGGCAGAUCUAGCGGUGCUAGUAAUAUCCGCUCGGAAAGGUGAGUUUGAAACAGGUUUCGACAGAGGUGGACAAACGAGAGAGCAUGCUAUGCUUGUCAAAACGGCUGGGGUGAAAUAUCUGGUUGCUGUCAUUAACAAAAUGGACGACCCGACAGUAAACUGGAGCGAAGCACGAUAUAACGACUGUAAAGAGAAGAUUAUUCCUUUUCUCAAGAAACUGGGCUUUACAGAGCCAAAAGAUUUGGCAUUUAUGCCAAUAUCGGGACAAACCGGACAUGGAAUACUCCAUCAAGUACCAGAAGAUAUUUGCCCAUGGUAUCGCGGACCGUCUUUUAUACAAUUGGUAGAUGAACUACCGUCUUUCUGUCGUAACGACGAUGGACAUUUCUUAAUGCCGAUAGUUGAUAAAUAUAAAGACAUGGGUACUGUCCUCAUGGGAAAAGUAGAAUCUGGAGUCACUCGCAAAGGAACAACUUUGUUACUAAUGCCUAACCGAUUACAUGUAACUGUAGACCAGCUGUGGUCUGAUGAUAUAGAAGUCACGUCAAUUUCAUGUGGGGAAAACGUAAAGGUAAAAAUUAAAAGUAUUGAAGAAGACGAUGUUUCCACCGGUUUUGUUCUUUGUGAUGUUGCUCAACCUAUAACAACAGGUAGAGUAUUCGAUGCGCAGUUAUUAAUAUUGCAGCAUAAAUCAAUUAUAUGUGCUGGAUAUUCAGCAGUAAUGCACAUUCAUUGUGCUGUUGAAGAAGUUUCCGUCAAGGCUCUGUUUUGCCUUAUCGAUAAGAAAACGGGUGAAAAGUCCAAAACACGGCCAAGAUAUAUUAAAGAGGGGCAGGUUGCUAUAGUCAGAAUAGUCUGCGCUGGAAUUAUUUGCUUGGAACCAUUUAAAAAUGUUAAUCAAUUGGGACGACUAACUUUACGGGAUGAGAACAAAACCGUGGCCAUUGGAAAGGUUUUAAAAGUUAUAGAGUAA